AUGAAUGUCAAUGGUCACCUGGUGAAAACGAAGGCAAGCACAAAGGAGAGACUGGUGACAUUGCCGAUCAUUAAUCCCCCACCGGAUAAUCCCUUAAAUAUUUUAAUGAGUCUAGUAAUUUGUUGGCAUUUGAAAUCAUCACAAAUUGAUUCUGAGAAUUUCUUGUUGAACAAUAUAUUUGUUGGUUCAAUGGAUGAGCUGCUUCAUUCAGGUCUUAUCUGUGGUGACAGAUUUACUGCCGAAAACAAGGCAACUUAUGGAAAUUUAGAAUUAAUUAUAUAA